CCCGGACCAUUUUGUGCACGUACCCUAGCCGCUUAGCUAAAUCUCCUAAAAUGUGUCAGAUAUCUUAAGUGUGAUUAAGUAAAUAAAGAAUGAAUCGAUAUCUUGUUGAUUUUGUGAUAUAAGCAGUGGUUAAAAAUGGCCACGCUGGUUUUGGAUAACGGAGCCAAUUCGGCGAAGAUCGGUUACAGUCAGGAGAAAGUCCGCGUCAUCCCAAACUGUCAGUUUCGCUCGAAGACAUCCAGAUUAAAGACAUUCACUGCCAAUCAGCUGGAUGAGAUCAAAGAUCCUUCAGGUCUCUUCUACAUCCUCCCCUUUCAGAAGGGCUACUUGGUCAACUGGGAUGUGCAGAGGAAGGUGUGGGAUCACCUGUUUGGGAAGGAGAUGUUCAAGGUGGAGUUUGUGGACACCAGCAUCAUCGUCACAGAGCCCUACUUCAACUUCAGCUCCAUCCAAGAGUCCAUGAACGAGAUUCUGUUUGAGGAGUACCAGUUCCAGUCAGCCCUCAGGAUUAACGCCGGCUCCCUCUCUGCUCAUCACUACUUCCACACCAAACCGUCGGAGCUCUGCUGCCUGGUUGUGGACUCGGGGUUCUCCUUCACCCACAUUGUCCCCUACUGUCGCAGCAAGAAGCUGAAGGAGGGCAUUCGCAGGAUCAACGUGGGUGGGAAGCUCCUGACCAAUCACCUGAAGGAGAUCAUCUCCUACCGCCAGUUACACGUGAUGGACGAGACGCAUGUGAUCAACCAGGUGAAGGAAGACGUGUGCUACGUCUCCCAGCAGUUCUACAAGGACAUGGAGAUCGCACUGUCGAAGGGGGAAGACAACUCGGUUGUGAGGGACUACGUUCUCCCAGAUUUCAGUUCCAUCAAAAAAGGUUUCUGUAAGCCUCGGGAGGAGAUGGUCCUCAGUGGGAAGUACAAGACAGGCGAGCAGAUCCUGAGGCUGGCCAAUGAGCGCUUUGCCGUUCCUGAGAUGCUCUUCCACCCGUCAGACAUCGGCAUCCAGGAGAUGGGUCUCCCGGAGGCCAUCGUCCACUCUGUCCAGUCGCUGCCUGAAGAGAUGCAGCCCCACUUCUACCAGAACAUCAUCUUGACUGGAGGAAACACGCUCUUCCCGGGCUUCAGGGAGCGUCUGGAGGCGGAGCUACGCUCUCUUGUCCCCGCCCACCUCCCAGUAUCGGUGAUUCUUCCUUCAAACCCGGUGAGCUACUCGUGGGAAGGAGGGAAGCUGCUGGCUCAUAGCCCGGACUACGAGGAGAUGGUGGUGACGAGGGAGGAGUUCGAGGAGAACGGACACGCCGUCUGUGAAGAGAAGUUUGAUAUUUGAACAGAAACAAACGUCUUAGAGUUCCGGUUCUGGUUCUGUUGCACAAAUGUUUCUAAGCUUUUAAAUAAACAAACUUUGUUGCUGA